AUGGCGUCUUCUCUUCCUACUUUGUCCCGAGCCUUACCUUCCUCAUCAACCAAACCUUCUUCUUCCUCCGUUCCCUUCCGAUCUCCUUUCCUCAAAAUCAACGGUUCCACUUCCUUCACCCAUUCUUCUAUCUCCAUCGCUUCACGUGGCACAUCCUUCAUCAUCCCACGUGCCACAGCCUCCGCUGGAUCCGACUCUGACGAAACUCUAGCUAAAACCACCUUCCACGGUCUCUGCUACGUCUUGAAGGACAACAUAGACACCGACCAGAUCAUCCCAGCAGACAAAGCCUGCAUCUUCCCAUCGAACCAGCAAGAGCGUGACGAGAUCGGCUCUAACGCUCUCUCCGGUCUACCAGACUUCCACACAACCCGGUUCGUUGAGCCAGGAGAGAUCAAAUCAAAAUACUCUAUCAUAAUCGCCGGUGAAAACUUCGGUUGCGGAUCGUCACGUGAGCACGCUCCGGUCUGUCUCGGAGCAGCCGGAGCUAAAGCCGUUGUUGCUGAGACUUACGCGAGGAUCUUUUUCCGUAACUCGGUGGCUACAGGAGAGGUGUUUCCGCUUGAGUCAGAGGUUAGAGUCUGCGACGAGUGUACGACAGGAGACACGGUGACGAUCGAGAUGAGAGAUAGUGGUGGUUUAUUGACUAAUCACACGACCGGGAAAAAGUAUAAGCUGAAAGCGAUCGGUGAUGCGGGACCGGUUAUCGAUGCUGGUGGUAUCUUUGCUUAUGCGAGGAAGAUGGGAAUGAUUCCAUCGUUAGCUUAA